GUUACUCUGUCUCUUUGGGCUAGAACUAGCUAAGUAUAUGAUGUCUCCCCCUCAAUUGUGCAGCAUUCGCACUGUCUGCCUAUGUCGCCAUGCCCAAGGUUCAAUCUCAAGCUUCUCGGGCUCCUGCUCAUCCCUCCGACCUUACUGCUCGGCGAUUCAGGCAACCCCGCCAACCCGCCAACCCUUCAGAUAGUCUCAUUCAACAUCUGUUGGACUGCCCCGACGCGACCUUGGGAGGCCCAUUUGAAUUACGCAUGGUGGUGAGUCUCUUCGUUGAGACUAAAUCGCAUCCCGUGGAAGGUAUAUUUCAAGACCCCACAACUCAUCGGCUCUUCAUGGCUAUUCUGCCCCUGGUGCCCGCGCAACCGCUCAUCAUCCAUAUGGACCGUUUCGACGGCAAUGAUGUGAGUGCACCUGGAGCCCCCAUCUGGGCUUCAAGGAUCCUCGCUCGAAGGGAUGCACCCCUGCAGCUCUGCUGCUCUGGUGAAUGGCUCCGCGAUACCGCCUGGCGCUGGACGGGUCCUUUGCGGUCAAGCGGGCCUGUCGUCGGCCUACGGCGCUUGGCUAUCGUCAAGUUUUUGGAUUCCUUCUUGAAAAUUCAUCGAAUUGCAACACAAGGCAUCAACAUGCCUCGUCGCAAGCCUCAGCCCCGACCGACGUUGCGCAAUGUUGAGCUUGUUGCGGAGACCAUACCUCCUCCUCUGACUCCUCCUCCCAUCACCCCAUCGCCAUCUCCGUCUCCUUGGGAAAAUGUGGGCAUUGCGUUCAGUUCGCCAAAAGUAUGUGAGUAGUUCCCGAGCCCCGCCAUCGUGAUGGUAAGGAUGAUGGUCCCAACAACGCCUCUCUCCUAUAUAUAUGUUUUUCUAUAAUCAGUGAGCCGUCGACAACUU